UAGUUUAACUGUCGAAGCAAUCCGAUCUAUUUUUAGCUUUUAGGUUAUGUGAUUUGCUCCUGUAAAAAAAAACUGCGUCCCUUCGUCCGAGCGCAAAACGAUUAGAAGACUAUUUUGAACAGUAAUCGAGCCACGGGUGGCCAGAAUGUCCGACUCCGAAAUGAAGGGAAUGGAAGACUCCAACGACGAAUCCAUGGAGGAAGUUGAAGAUGAUCGUCGGAAGGAGAAUGCGGGAUCUGAAGAGGAAAGCUCCGGUAGCGAUAUGGACGAUGAUGACGACGACGCAGCGGAAGAAGCUCGACAGAUGAAACAGUAUCUGGAACUGUUGGGAAAGAUCCAGGAAGAUAAGUACAACUAUGACACCUACGUUCAACUGCUGGAUAUUGCUCAUGAAAUGACCGACCUGGACAAAAUUCGUCAAAGCGCGGAGAUAUUCGCAGAAGUGUAUCCACUCUCGCCGGAAAUAUGGAUACGCUGGUUGAAAAUAGAAGCAUCGAUGGCGUCAUCAGCGGAGCAAAUCAAAAAGGUGGAUACCCUGUUCCGACGAGCCCUGGACGAUUAUUUUUCGGUGGAUGUGGCUGUGGAAUAUGCGAAUCUGACAGCUAAGGCGGAUAAAGAUACAUCGGAAGCGAUUUGGGAUGUGCUCAUUCCGACCUACGGAUUGCACGUGAUCAAGGGAAGGACCAUCUUCGAAGCGUAUCGAGAAGAUUAUUUGGAGAAGAAUGAAGACUCGCCGGAGCGUUUGAAUCAAUUGGCCCGCAUUUAUGAGCAGGAACUAAAGAUUCCUUUGAAAAAUAUGGAAGAUUCUUACAUUGAGUACAAAUUGCUUUGCGAGAAGUAUAAGGAUGUCCUCAAGGACUUGAAUCCGGAGAAAUUUGAGCGGCGCUAUAAGCAGGCAAAAGAGCUUUUGCAAAGGAUGCUUCCGUUUGAAGAUAAACUGACCCAAUUGGAGCCGCAUUGUCAUCAAGAGCGGGCGGAUCUUUUUCGGGAAUACAUCCGGGAAUGUCGCUCUCAACUUGGGGAUGAUGAAACGCAGGUUCUGUAUGAACGCAUGGUGACGGAAUGCUGCCUGGAUCCAACUGUUUGGUGUGACUAUUUGAAGUACCUAAAUAAGUACCCGCCAGACGAUGAUGAGGAUUCCGCUUCGCCAGUUUUCAGUCAGACUGCGGAGAAAUUGGUCAACAGGGCGUUGAGAAAUUGUCCUUGGAGUGCGGAGCUAUAUGUGGAAAAAUUGAGGGUAUUUGAGCGAGAGAAACGUGACAAAGCUGAUGUGCUUAAGAUCAUGGAAGAAGUCGCAACGGUGGAGUUUCAGGCUCCGGAACCGGCUGUGAAAGUUUGGUUGGAAUACUUGACCUAUUUGAGAAGGCACGCUAAUUUUGAGGACGAGAAGGAACGGGAUAUAUUGAGGUCAAACUUUGAACUGGCAUGGAAUCAAUUGGGAAGAACUUGGGGUGAGUUAGCAGAUCCUGACUGCAAAAUUCUGCAGUUUUGGGGAAGGCUGGAAUAUGGCUCGCUGGGCGAUCCAUUGAAGGGACGAGAAUUGUGGCAGAAUGUGAUGGACAGUUCGGAUAAUUGUACGCGAGUAGGUCUUUGGAUCGAAUAUGCUGAGUUGGAAUCCCGACGAGGCACGGACUCGAUACGAAAAGUUUAUCGAAAAGCCAUUGGAGCAGUUGGAUUGAAUGAUCCGGAAACAUUGGCCGCCGCUUGGAUGCGAUUCGAAAGAUGCAACGGCUCUCUCGAACAAUUAGCCAGCUGCCAGGAACUGUGCAUGGCCACCAUACAAGCCUAUUACAAAACACUCAGUCAUCAGCGAUUGCCUAAAGGACGUCGAUCGGAUCAGAGAAAAGAUUCCGAUCCCAAUGACUCGCCGAAGAAAAAGAACCUCAAGCGAUUGUUCGACGAACAGGCACCAACAGACAAAGCAACAUUCAAGAAACCGAACAUUCCGGUAGGACCAGCGGUCCCGAAAAAAACUGAAUCAACUCUUGAAGAAACGGCCAAGCGUAUUCGUUUGGAUGAACCUAAAUCAGCCGACACAACCAACGACGGCAAGCGUCUUUUCUUCAGUAAUCUGAGCUUUGAUGCCACAGAAGAACAGAUCAAAGAUACUUUCCCGGAGCUCCAGUUUAAAUCGAUCGAAUUGGUCCAUGGUUCCAGUGGAAAGAGUCGAGGCUUUGGCUACGCAGAAUUCGAAAGUGAACAAGAUGUCAAAAAGGCUUUAAGCUUUGACCGAAGACCUCUUGAUGGGCGUCCUGUAUUUAUCUCGUCUCUGGCCCGAGAUAAAUCAAGCCGACAGAACAAGUUUAAAUAUUCGGAAAAGUUCGAACCAAACAAACUUUUUGUAAAGGGACUACCCUUCGAGGCGACAAACGAUGAUGUUCGAAAAUUGUUCGAACCCUACGGCACGCUGAAAGAUGUUCGGAUUGUUUAUUACCGAAGUGGUAAGAGCAAGGGAUUAGCCUACGUGGAGUAUGAAUCGGAGGCAGCGGCCAAAAAAGCUGUUAUCCACCUUGACCAGCACGUCAUGAACGGGUUCACUAUAACGGUGGCUCUUUCUGCUCCUCCGCCGAGGGGUAAUCCAACGGCUACGACGGAAGUGGAACAUCCUGGUAGCUUGGGUGCUGGUAAACGCCAUGUCGUUAAAGGUGACGCCAAAUUGAAACUAUCGUCAAUGAUUCCCACAGCACUGCUUAGGAAAAACCCCCCGGGUGGACAAUCUGCAAGUGGUGCUGCUCCAGUCGCCACAACCAACAAACCCAAAUCCAACGAGGACUUCCGAAAGUUGCUCCUCAAAAAAUAACAGGCUAGAUCUUGUUUUUGAAUGUUCAUUGUUUUUCCACAAAUGUUUAUUAUGUUCCUAAGUUUGCGUAACCGUGUUACCGUCAUCUGGACGUUUCUUUUCUGCUCUACCGAAAGCACUACCCCGGGUACAACCCUUACACACUACACUAUCAACAAUAAAGUGUAUAUUUCGUGAAAAUGUUCUAAUUCUACAAUAAAGAAUACAACAUUAUGCUCACCAUUA